AUGGAAAUUAAAUGUUGUCUAUGUUUGGAAGGUACCCGGAUCAUAUUCGAGGACGAAAGCGGAAAUGAUCCAGCUUCAACUUAUAAAAUGUGUCAAGGAUUAGUUCAUGUCAAGAGGGCAUGCUUCUAUGUGGGAGUGUCAGCCAUCGUACUAUGUAUUUUCUCAGCCAUAUGCAUGGUAUUCGGAGUGUAUUCUGUUAACUUUUGGUUAGAUGUCGUCUUAAUCCUCCUGAAUCUCAUAGUAUCCAUAAUAUUAAUGAUAGGAUUAUAUUAUGAUAGCGCAAACUUACUCAUUCCUUUUAUAGUUAGUGAGAUAUCUCAAUGUGUAGGAUUUUUCGUAUUAGCAACGUACACCCUUUACUAUACGUUCACCUUCAAACGACAACGUUUCUAUCAGAAGUUCGACCAAAUGCUGAUGGUCAUUUCCAUAUACUUAGGCAUCAUCGUCUGUGCCUCCGCUGUUUGGGCUGCAGCUAAAUGUUAUCAUUACUUAAGAGACAAAUCAAACCACAAUAUUCCAGAAAGCCGUAGUAUGUGGAGAUAA